AUGGCGCAUGCUUCCGUCUGCUUUGAUCCGCUCCAAGGAACCACAAUGCCGUCUUGCCUUCGCGAUGGCAGCGGUUGGUGGGACGCUAAGGCAGCAGCCUGCCCUGCGGUGGUGCGCUUGACUGAUGGCUCGUGGCGCAUGUACUACUAUGGUAGGGGAGGAGACUUUUGGGGCCAGGGCGUCAAGGCAAUGAUGGCCCCCCCAAUGGGAUGGGUCGGCGUUGCUGAAAGCACUGACGGAGUCACCUGGCGAAAAGUCCAAGGCCCCCUGCCGAACUUCGCAGUCCUGGGGCCGCAAGAGGACCCCGCCGCUUUCGACUCCGUAGUCGUGGGGAGUUCCGACGUUUUGAUUCGUCCUGGGGGGGAGCAUUGGUUGUACUAUUUUGGGGGGGGUCUGGAGAAAACGCCGAUUGGGAGUGGGGUAGGGGCGGUUCUUGGGGCGACGGCGGGGGCGCAUUGGGGGCGGGGGGCGGAGACGUUAGUGAAGGGGAUGAUGAAAAUGAUGCCGGGAGAGUUUACCGGGUUAAACUGGCAGGUCGGGCUCGCGACAUCACCGGACGGUCUGACCUUUCGACGACGACCCCAACCGAUCCUCCCAACGGGGGUUCCCGGAGAGUGGGAUGCCCUCUACGUGGGCUGGCCGAAAGUCGUACCCCCCCAAGAAGGAACGGAUGACACGUGGCUGAUGACGUAUCACUCUCUGAACCCCAAGGGCAUCUUCUGGGCCGCAGCGGCGACCUCGGAAGAUGGGGUGACGUGGCAGAAGCGCGGGCAGGUUUUGGGGCCGGGAGGGAAGGGCACGUGGGACGAACUAGGGGUGGGGGUGCGGCACGUCAUCAGGAUAGACGGGAGGCUGGCCAUGUUUUACGAGGCAGUAGAUCGGAACCAGGUGCAUGCGAUCGGGCUCGCGUGGUCGGACGACGGACUGACGUGGGAGAAGGACCGGCAAUGCGGACCCGAUCCCGGCGGCCCAAUCCUACGGCCGCGGACAGGCGAGGACGCCUGGGACAGCAAGAACGUCGGAACGCCCCACGUGGUCGCUUUGGAUGACGGCAGCUACCGGCUGUACUACGUGGGCGUCAGUGACCGGAUCCAGUUUGCGAUCGGGAUGGCGGUUAGCGAAGGAACCAACUUUCGAAAGUGGAGGCGUUACGGGGAGUAGCAUGUUAUUGCAUGCAAAGCUUGCGGGUCUCGUCGGCUCAUUGGUCGGCGGAGGAAUGUAGGGUAGUAAAGGUGUAAAGGAGUGACCGAGUGGCGGAUGUAACGCGCAUUAAGGGGAGCGGAAGCGCAAACGGAAGGGGGGUGCUCAGUUCAGCAAAAUCUGUUUUGCGUUGUCGGCAUAAACCGCUGGCAUAUUGCUGUUGCGGAGAUUGAUGUGGGAGUCGAUAGCUGAAAGUAUAGGCGCAAUCUGGUUGGGCGAGAUUGGGGCAAUGGGUGACGCGCAUAGGCAUUCGGUCCGCGGCUAAUUGACUUGGUUGUGUUGCACCUAUACUUAGUAGCGUCUACCUAUCCUGAGCUCGUUAGUCGGGGUCCUUUGUCGUGGUUGAACGGGAGAGAGGUUUAGGAGGCAGCGUCCGUAAAGGUUGUAAAAUACUGAUAGAGAUCUGAGCGGAUAUGAUUAGCGGGGUUGAACAUGCAGCUCCGCGGCCGGGUUUGCCGCAUUGGCGAAGGCCCAUUGAAUAAGGCGGUGCAAUUGCCCGCCAGGGCUGUGCUCGUAGAUCCUGCACAUUUUGGUUGUUGACUUGGGCGAGGUAAGAGCUUAGUUGUGUUGAUUUGCGAGCUUGUACAGACGGUGUGGCCAUAAGGACGUCACUCAUUUGCGUUGAGUAGGUCUGUUGAUCUGCAAUUACCGUUGUGUGUUUUGUUCCUGAAGAGGAG